AUGGAUCUGGACCAUUUCGGAGGAACCUUCGGAGGAAAUCGCAAGCCCACCCCGUUCAUGUGCCUCAUUCUCAAGAUGCUUCAGAUUCAACCCGAGAAGGAGAUCGUGGUCGAGUUUAUAAAGAACUCAGAUUACAAGUACGUUCGCCUGCUUGGAGCGUUUUACCUGCGGCUGGUGGGCAAGCCAAUGGAUGUGUACCAGUACCUAGAGCCGCUGUACAACGAUUAUCGGAAAGUGCGGAGAAAACUGGAGAGUGGAAUGUUUGUGUUGUCGCAUGUGGACGAGUUCAUAGAGGAGCUUCUCACGCUCGACUCCAGCUGCGACAUCGCAUUGCCUCGCAUACCUCGCAGAUGGACGUUGGAAGCAGCAGGGCAGUUGGAGCUGAGAAAGAGUGGGUUGGAUUAUGACGAGAUGGAGGAGGAAGAGGAAGAGGAGGAAGAGGAGCCAGAACCAGUUGCUGAUAAGGCUGAGGAGAAAGAUCGAAUGUCGUUAACAAACCUGCCGCCUUCCCUGAACGAUAUCUCGAACCAGCUUGGUAGAAGCUUCACCCAGUUGAAGACCACCUUCUCAAAGAUUGACAAGUGCGAAGACCCUUCUCGACAAAGCCAAUUGCUGGAAGAUGUCACGCCUAAACUUAGAGAGUGCAGAAGGUUGAUUCAGGAAUUCGAGCGUGACAUGAAAGACCAAGAAGCUAAGAACUCACCAGAAAGCGCUAUCCAGGAAGGCCAGAAGGUGAAGCUGAGCGAGGAUGGGAGAACGGCUGAAGUUGUGGGAGCUCCCAGGCUAGCAUCUGCGAUGACAAUUGCUCAGCUGAUGGAGGAGGGCAAUCGUGUGAUGGGACAAGCGGACCAAUCUGUUCUAAGAUCCAAGCAGGUAGUUGAGAACACUAUCAACAUUGGAGCAGCAACGGCCACGACUUUGAAGGGACAGGUAUGGCGCUGA